CGUCCCGCCCGAGGGCGGCUCUGGCUGAGGGCGGAGGGGCCGGGGGACAGCCCGGGGCAGCGGCCGAGGCGGCACGGCGGCGGCAGAGCCCGCUGCCCCCGGACGUCCCCGGCGACAUGCUGGCAGAUAACCUGGUGGAGGAGUUUGAGAUGGAGGAUGAGCCGUGGUAUGACCACCGGGACCUCCAGCAAGAUCUCCAGCUUGCUGCUGAACUGGGAAAGACGCUGCUGGAUCGGAACACAGAGUUGGAGGAUUCUCUUCAGCAGAUGUACACAACCAAUCAGGAGCAGUUACAGGAAAUUGAGUAUCUGACCAAGCAGGUGGAGCUUCUGCGGCAAAUGAAUGAGCAGCAUGCCAAAGUUUAUGAGCAGUUAGAUGUCACAGCCAGAGAACUGGAAGAAACCAACCAGAAGCUAGUUGCUGAGAGCAAAGCCUCGCAACAAAAAAUCCUGAGCCUCACAGAAACCAUUGAAUGCCUGCAAACCAACAUUGAUCACCUCCAGAGCCAAGUGGAGGAGCUGAAAUCUUCCAGCCAAGGAAGAGGGGGGCAGAAGACAUGUGACCAGGAGAAACCGGCACCCAGCUUCUCCUGUCUGAAAGAGCUGUAUGACCUCCGCCAACACUUUGUUUAUGACCACGUGUUCGCUGAGAAGAUCACUUCCUUGCAAAACCAGCAGAGCCCUGAUGAAGAAGAAAAUGAGCAUCUGAAAAAGACAGUGACGAUGCUGCAGGCCCAGCUGAGCCUGGAGAGGAAGAAGCGAGUGAGUGUGGAGGCGGAGUAUCAGGUGGUGCUGAAGGAGAACAGUGAACUGGAGCAGCAGCUGGGUGCCACAGAUGCCUACCGAGCCCGAGCACUGGAGUUGGAGGCCGAGGUGGCUGAAAUGCGGCAGAUGCUGCAGGCAGAGCAUCCUUUUGUGAAUGGUGUUGAGAAGCUGGUCCCCGACUCUCUGUUUGUUCCCUUCAAGGAGCCCAGCCAGAGCCUGCUGGAGGAGAUGUUCCUAGCUGCUCCAGAAGCACAGAGAAAACCACUCAAGCGCAGCAGCAGUGAAACGGUGCUCAGCAGCAUGGCAGGGGGGGACAUUGUGAAGGGCCACGAGGAGACUUGCAUCAGGAGAGCUAAGGCUGUGAAGCAGAGGGGCAUCUCCCUGCUGCAUGAAGUGGACACUCAGUACAGUGCCCUGAAAGUCAAGUAUGAAGAGCUGCUGAAGAAGUGCCAGCAGGAGCAGGACUCACUGUCACACAAGGCUGUGCAGACAUCUAGGCUGCUGGCCAGGGACCUGACAGGACUGGUAACCCAGUCUGAGGCUGGAGCCAGUGGCUGGGAACCCACCCCUGUCAGCCCAGAGCCCACCACUUCCCCCACCACUACACCUCCAGAGUACAAAGCACUGUUUAAGGAGAUAUUUAGUUGUAUCAACAAAACAAAGCAGGAAAUAGAUGAACAGAGAACAAAAUACCCAUCUCUCUCCUCUUACUCUUAAUGAGACCUCCAGUUCUAGUCUGCCUGUUUACUCUCACCCCCUCCCGUUCAGACACAGCGCAGUCUCCAAAGCUUGAUGUUGCUAAAGAUAUUUGUCUCAUUGCUUUGUUACUUGGCAAGAGCAGCAGGAGAGGUGGCUGACAGUGUUGACUCCAGGGUCCCUAGGAAAUCUCACGGUAGACUGGCCUCUGGUUGGUGCAUUGAUGAGGCUCAUUUCCAGGGAAAGCCCUAGAACCGGUGGAGGGGGAUCCAUGUACUUGGAGUAGGCUAAAGGAC